AUGCAGAGCAUAGUUGGCAUUCGGCGGGAGCUGAGGGAGCAGUUGGCGCAGCGCUACACGCUGGAGCAGGGUCGCAUCCUCACCCACAACACCUCCGAGGACGGCACCCGCAAGUUCCUCAUGCAGUUCGGCGCCGGUCAGGAGAUCGAGAGCGUGUUCAUCCCCGAGUCUACCCGCGGCACGCUGUGCGUCUCUUCGCAGGUCGGCUGCACGCUGUCGUGCAGCUUCUGCCACACUGGAACGCAGCCUGUGAUGCGCAAUUUGACGACCAGCGAGAUCUUGAGCCAGAUCAUUCACGCCAAGCGGGUGAUGAACGACUUUCCCACUGUGGCCGACAUCGAGACGAGGAAGCAGGCCAUCGCCGAUAAGCGGAGGCAAAUGAGGCAGAAGUUCGCCGAGUACUUUGGAAAGGGCAAACAGAGGCAAGCGAACCAGCCUCCCCGGAAAGAACCCAACGAGGAACACGCUGUGCCUGAAGAGCCAAAGCGCACUAUCACCAACAUCGUUUUUAUGGGUCAAGGCGAACCAUUCUACAAUUAUAGGAAUGUGAAACAGGCCAUCGACAUUAUAUGCGAGCCCUCUGGCAUCAGCCUGGGCCAGCCCAAGAUCACCGUAUCCACCAGCGGUGUGGUGCCCAACAUCUACCGCCUGGCUGCUGAUACCAAAGUCAACCUGGCCAUCUCCCUGCACGCCGCCAACAACGAGUUGCGAGACGAGUUGGUGCCCAUUAACAAGCAGUAUCCGCUGGAGCAGCUGAUGGAAGCCUGCCGAUCCUUCAUCUCCCACAAGAAGAAGCGAAUCAUGUUCGAAUACGUGAUGCUCAAGGACGUCAACGAUCGAGAAGAGGACGCGCUCGAGCUAGCCACCCUUCUCUCCGGCUUCCCCAACUCCCUCAUCAAUCUCAUUCCUUUCAAUCCCUGGCCAGGCACGAAGUACGAGUGCUCAACGAACGAGCAGAUCAUCGCCUUCCACAAGACCCUCACCGAGCGCCACCGCCUCCUCGCCACCAUUCGAUGGCCCACGGAGAGCUGA